AAAGAACAAAGUUCAUUUUGUUGAUUGAAAUCUGCAUGAUUUCCAUAGGUUAAUUUCUUAUCCAGUUAUUCAUUUUGAAUGAUCUUACUAAUUAAAAUCACUGAGAACUUUUCAAUUACUGAAUACUGAUGGAUCAGUUACUCCAAUUCUUAUACAACUAACCGAUUACUUUACUCCUGUUCAAAUAGUAUCGUUACUGUUGAUGUUCGGACGAGUUGCCUUGGCUAUCAUCAUUCUACUGUUAGGACUUCGAAUGGAAAAGGAUUUCAUGCGAUCGAUCACGACAGCGAUCUUCAUUCCAAUGAUGUUUUGCGAAAUUUUCAAUACUUACUGUGAAGUUAUCGCAUAUAUUAAUUUAUUCACUCCUACCAAAGAACAGUACAUUUGGAUCAAAUCUUUGCUAUAUGUGAUUUACAACUAUGAGCAUUAUAAUGUACUGGUAAUGGUUAUAAUGAUGUUGUAUUGUUGUCGAUUAGCUUAUCAAGGAGAAGAACGUAUCGACAAUAUUUUCAGCACGAUAUGUCUGGUGGCGCAAUUUAUCCCUUUCUUUCUCAGUGUGCUCUACUAUGUUACCGAUGGUACCACAGAGAUAGCGCUUCUGAUUCUUUCGAUCGCUUCACGCGUGUUUCUGAUCAUCUGCUUCAUUGUCAUCAAUCUACAGAUACUCUCACUACCGUAUACCCAUGCCAAUUCCGCCGAUAUGCAACUUCGUGACGCUCGGAGCCGACUCUUCUGGACACUGGUCUAUGUCAUUUCUCCGUAUAUUGCAUUUAUACCAUUCAUAGCUUACACGAGGUUGAUAAAUAGAUUUCGGUUAAUUUUUCGACGUCUUCGUAUUCAUCAGAGCCAAUUGUCCGUGUCGACGGUCCGCAGUUGUUUAUCUUCUAGAAAGGUUGUUCUUCUUCUCUUCUCAUGUUCAUCUUCUGUUCGUCUUCGAGAAGAACAAUUGGGGACCAUCAGCUGGGAUCAUCUGCUAUGA